AUUUUUCACAUGCUUUUCUUCAGCUAUAAAGCCAGCAGUCACUGACAUAAGGACUUGAAGUUUUCUUCCUCAUUUUUUAUGUCUUAAGAACAGGAAAUAAAGAAAUGAAGAGGAUGCUUAGGAAAGAGAUCUGAAUCUCCACGCACUUUAUGCUAAUCACAGAACAAAGUUUCUGAAGUGAUGACAGGAACAAGGGAGAACCAUGCUCUAUUUGGACUGGCUAUUUCUUUGGCUUGUUACAGGACACAGAAUUACAGGAUUUGAUAUUUCAGGCUGUUCCACCAAAAAACUCCUUUGGAUAUACUCUGCAAGAAGUGAGGAGUUUGUGUUGUUUUGUGAUUUACCACAGCUGCAGAAGUCACAUUUUUCUCACAGAAGGAGUGAACACCUGUCUUGCAGUGGUAGUAAGGACUUGGCUGAUGUCCAGUGGUACCUACAACCUCAGAAUGGAGAGCCAGUAAAGGAAAUCACUAACAGCUAUUCUCAUGUCAUUCAGAGAAAAAGCAUGCUUCAUAUUUUGACCCCAGAGAUGAAUUAUUCCGGGUUAUAUAUAUGUAGACCCAGGAUUAGGAGCCCCCAGGAUAUGGCCUGUUGUGUCAAGAUAGUCUUAGAAGUUAAACCUCAGACAAAUACAUUCUGUGAGAACUCUGUGCCACAUAAGAAAUACCUACAUCUUGGUACCACUGACUCCAUUUAUUGUCCCAGUGUCAGCUGUCAAAGUGAUGCACAAAGACCAGAGAUGACCUGGUAUCAGAAUGGAAAUCUCCUCUUUGAGGAAAAAAACCAUCGAAUUGAAAUAAAAGAAAUUUUUGACUAUCACGAGGGCACGUAUGUGUGUGAUUACACGCAGUUGGAUAAUGUGAGUUCUUGGACAAUCAGAGCUGUUGUCCAAGUGAAAACCAUUGUUGAAGACACUAAGUUCAAACCAGACAUUCUGGAGCCCAUCGAGGACACAAUGGAAGUAGAACUUGGAAAGCCUUUAACUCUUCACUGCAAAGUACGAUUUGGCUUCCAAAGGGACUUUCAACCUGUGAUAAGGUGGUAUGUCGAAGAGUCUUCCCAGGAGUGGGAAGUCCUAAUAUCUGAGGAAAAAAGUAUUAAAUCCACAUUCAAGGAAGAAGUCAUUGAACAUGUUGUCUUCUUGAAAGAAGUCACUCAGAGGGAUCUUAGCAGAAAGUUUGUUUGCUUUGCCCAGAACUCCAUUGGCAACACGACUCAGACCAUCCAACUGAAGGAAAGAAAAGAAGUGGUGUUCCUGUUCAUCCUUCUUGGUACUGUCAUGACCCUGGCCGGUGUACUGGUGGCGGGUGCAUUUCUCUACAUGCACUGGAUUGAGAUAGUGCUUCUGUGGAGAACCUACCAGAGCAAGGACGAGACUCCUGGAGAUAAAAAGGAAUUUGAUGCUUUCAUAUCCUAUGCAAAAUGGAGCUCUUAUGAGAGUGAGGCCAGUUCAUCUCUGAGUGAAGAACACUUGGCCCUGAAUUUGUUUCCUGAAGUUCUAGAAAACAAAUAUGGAUAUACCUUGUGUUUGCUUGAAAGAGAUGUGGCCCCAGGAGGAGUGUAUGCAGAAGACAUUGUGAGCAUUAUUAAGAAAAGUAGAAGAGGGAUAUUUAUCCUGAGUCCGAACUAUGUCAAUGGACCCACUGUUUUUGAAUUACAAGCAGCAGUGAAUCUUGCCUUGGAUGACCAAACACUGAAACUGAUUUUAGUUAAGUUCUGUUCUUUCCAGGAACCAGAGUCUCUACCUUAUCUUGUAAAAAAAGCUCUCAGGGUUUUGCCCACAGUCACUUGGAGAGGCUUCAAAUCAGUUUGUCCCAAUUCCAGGUUCUGGACCCAAAUGUGUUACCACAUGCCUGUGAAGAACUCUAAAAAAUUCACGUGGAACCAACUCAAAAUUAUCGGAAGGGUUUUUCCCCUGGAGAAGACUCGGUAA